CUGUCGGGGGAAACGAUAGCUUAGUAUGGCAGUGACGCUGUGAACCACCGUGGAGAUUGGAGUGUGCUAUGGUAACGGUUCCAUAUCAGCAGAAAAAUCACGUCGCACUACAAUGGACUGGAAGAAAAGUCUCAAAAACAAGCUGGAGAAAGAUAAUAAAGGCAGAAAAAGCGAGGAAGAGAUGAAAGAUGAAGAAAUGGCUAUGUUCACCAAGUUUUAUACAGAAUGGAAAGGCGGCCAGAAGGGUCCAAAUUCCCAAAGCAUCCCUCGAUUCUACUACCGGUUACCAGCAGAGGACGAGAUGUUACAGCAGAAGCUGAGAGAAGAGUCACGAGCUGUCUUUCUACAGAGGAAAAGCCGAGAAUUGCUGGACAAUGAGGAACUGCAGAACUUGUGGUUCCUUCUGGACAAGCACCAGUCGCCUCCCAUGACUGGGGAGGAAGCCAUGAUCAACUAUACUAACUUCCAAAUUGUUGGUGAAAAGGCUGGGCCGAAAUGCAAGCCGUUUUUUACAGCUAAAGUCUUCAGCAAACUUAUUCACAAUGAUCCAUAUGGCAGGAUAUCAAUUAUGCAGUUUUUCAACUAUGUUAUGAGAAAAGUAUGGCUCCACCAAACCAGGAUCGGUCUAAGCUUGUAUGAUGUGGCUGGACAAGGCUACUUGAGAGAGUCGGACUUGGAGAAUUACAUCCUUGAGCUUAUUCCAACCUUGCCUCAGCUGGACGGUUUGGAGAAGUCCUUCUACUCCUUCUAUGUCUGCACUGCUGUCCGGAAAUUCUUCUUUUUCCUUGAUCCUCUAAGGACAGGAAAGAUAAAAAUACAAGAUAUUUUAGCGUGUAGCUUUUUGGAUGAUUUACUUGAGCUACGAGAUGAAGAACUUUCUAAGGAGAGUCAGGAAUCUAACUGGUUUUCUGCCCCCUCUGCACUGAGGGUUUAUGGUCAGUACCUGAAUCUUGAUAAGGACCACAAUGGGAUGUUAAGCAAAGAAGAGCUGUCCCGGUAUGGAACUGGUACCUUGACCAGCGUCUUCUUGGAUCGGGUGUUCCAGGAAUGCUUGACCUAUGAUGGCGAGAUGGACUACAAGACAUACUUAGACUUUGUGUUGGCACUGGAGAACAGGAAAGAGCCAGCGGCCCUGCAGUAUAUAUUCAAGCUUCUGGACAUUGAGAACAAAGGCAGCCUGAAUGUAUUUUCUCUGAACUACUUCUUCCGGGCCAUUCAAGAGCAAAUGAAGAUCCAUGGACAAGAUCCAGUCACUUUUCAGGAUGUAAAGGAUGAAAUCUUUGACAUGGUAAAACCAAAAGAUCCCCUACGCAUUUCACUCCAAGAUCUGAUCCAAAGCAGCCAAGGAGACACCGUGUGCAGUAUUCUGAUAGAUCUUAAUGGGUUCUGGACCUAUGAAAAUCGAGAAGUCCUGGUAGCCACCGAUGGAGAAAGCCCUGCUGAUAUUGAAUAUACAUAGGCAUCCGCUGAUGGUCAAAACGUCUACGAAUUCUACAAUAGAUACCACGUGGAUGAACUCCUCCUACACACCAAUAAUUGCACGCCAUUUUACCAUGAUGCACUGUGGUUUUGAAAUCCGGUCUUCUUCCAAGCGACGAGUAUUGGUGAAGCACAUAAAGGCCAUUUCUGUGCUGGAAAGACCAUUUUUAGAGUUAUCUUUUAUAUGUUCUUGACGUUGGGGACUGAACAGCAGAUUUUAGUUUAGUUUUCCUAUUUAUUUUACUUUUUUAAGUAAUUUAUUUUGAGCAUUUUUCCAGUUGUCCAAAUGUAAAUGUUUCUUAAAACAGUUUUGUUGGUUAUAAAAUACAGAGUCAUAUAUGUAACCUGGUAAGGACGCAAUACUUAAAGGGGUUCUGCACUUUGUUUAAACUGAUGAUCUAUCCUCUGGAUAGAUCAUCAGCUUCUGAUCGGCGGGGGUCCGACACCCGG